CAAAGCUCUCACGAGACACCCCUGAAGCUUCUGCCUUUGAAUUCAUCUUUAUGCUGCUACACGACCUAAUCCUCCUCAUCCGUCCUAUUAGGAGAAACCGUGAAAACUGCAUCUUCUCUUCUCUUUCUCGUUAGAAUUUUCAUUUUCAUGGAACUUCCCUGCAUUUCGUUCCAAAUUCUUAAACAAUGAAACCCUCUCCGUUUCUUUCUGUGUCUCUAAUUUCUACUUGUAAAAUUUUUCACCCUUUACGACUUUGAUAAACCAAAAGUGUAGAUGUGACAUGAAAAACCGUGUUCUGCUUCCAUAGCAUAUCUUUCUUUUCCUUUCAUUUCGUACAAGCUAAAAGGGUCCUCUUUGAAUCCAUAAAUGAGUCAUUUUGAAGCGUAUUCUUCUUCAUUUUUUGUUGGAGCCUAUGUUUGGGAAUCGGUUCAUGCAGUUGCUGAAAUCGGUUCACACGUUCAGAAGAAAAUCUCCUUUUGACAGUCUGUUUUGAGAAGCAAGCAUCAGUGCAAAACUUUGUUUCAAUGGCGGGUUCAUGUUUCCAUGCGCUUCGUUUGAGGAGGUUCAAGAGCAAACCUUUGCCUGAACCUUCUUCUUCUUCCAAGACCCGGUUGGAUUCUGACUUAGAGAACAUGGAAAGAAGAAGAUUUGAUAGCUUGGAAUCAUGGUCCAUGAUAUUGGACUCUGAGAAUGUGGAAACAUGGGAAGCUUCAAAGGAAGAUCAAGAAGAAUGGACCGCUGAUCUUUCCCAACUUUUCAUUGGUAACAAGUUUGCAUCUGGGGCUCAUAGUAGAAUUUACCGUGGAAUUUACAAGCAGAGAGCCGUUGCUGUGAAAAUGGUGAGAAUUCCAACUCAGAACGAGGAGAGAAGAGCCUUGCUAGAGCAGCAAUUCAAGUCUGAAGUGGCUUUGCUUUCACGUCUCUUUCAUCCUAACAUAGUGCAGUUUAUUGCAGCUUGUAAAAAACCGCCAGUGUACUGUAUCAUAACAGAAUACAUGUCACAAGGAACACUGAGGAUGUAUCUGAACAAGAAAGAGCCGUACUCUCUAUCGAUAGAAACUAUACUAAGGUUAGCUCUUGACAUAUCAAGGGGUAUGGAAUACCUUCAUUCACAAGGUGUGAUUCACAGAGACCUCAAGUCAAAUAACUUGCUUCUCAAUGAUGAUAUGAGGGUUAAGGUGGCAGACUUUGGAACGUCAUGUCUUGAAACACGGUGUCGCGAGACCAAAGGAAACAUGGGAACUUAUCGUUGGAUGGCACCAGAGAUGAUUAAGGAAAAGCCUUAUACUCGUAAAGUUGAUGUCUACAGUUUUGGAAUUGUUCUUUGGGAACUCACUACUGCUCUACUUCCUUUCCAAGGAAUGACCCCUGUGCAAGCUGCUUUUGCUGUUGCUGAGAAGAACGAAAGGCCUCCAUUUCCAGCUAGUUGUCAGCCAGCACUUGCCCAUCUCAUAAAGCGUUGUUGGUCAGCAAACCCUUCGAAGAGGCCAGAUUUCAGUGAUAUUGUGUGUACUCUUGAGAAGUACGAUGAGUGUGUUAAAGAGGGCCUACCUCUCACUCAUCAUUCAGCCCUUGUCAGCAAAAACGUCAUUAUUCAACGCUUAAAAGGCUGCGUCUCGAUGACCUCUUCCAUACCUGUACAGGCUUGACUCCCCUUAAGGUAAUGCUUUGCUGCUGUCUUCCACAUUCAAGCCCAUAUUAACUUCUAUAUCUCUCUUCUUUCUCU